UCCCCCUCCCCCCUCCCCCUCCCCCCCUCCCCCCCCCCUCCGCGUCUUCUCCCGCCCCCGUCGGGGGGCCCCCUCGGGGGGCGGCGGCCCCCCCACCCCGCGCCAUGGUCAAGGCCAAGCGGGGCGGCGCCGGCACGGAGUACAAGGAGGCACCGCCGGAGGAGAAGAAGGACGGCACGAUCGUCAAGGCCUGGCAGCGGAUGCCCACGCAGCUGCUGCACGAGUGGGCCCAGGCACAGAAGCGCCCGAAGCCCUGCUACAACAAGGCCUGGGCGUACGACAAGUCAAAAUGCCGCAUGAAGGUCAUCCUGCCAGACCCGAAGGACCCGGCCAAGAACCUGGAGUUCGAGCCGAACCGUGACGCGGACGUCGUCUUCAACGCCAAGGAGGACGCCGCGAUGGUGGCGCUGCUGCAGGUGUGCCCCACGCUGCCCCUCGAGCGGAAGCUGCCGGACGGCUACCGGGAGACGUGGCUCGAGGCCGUCGGCGGCGCGGCGGCGUCGUCCGGGAAGGCCGCGAAGGCGAAGGCGAAGGCGAAGGAGAAGCCCGCGGCGGUGCCCGAGGCUCCGCGCGACGAGCAGGCGGCUGCCGCCGGCGAGCCUCCGCCGGCGGACGAGGCGGCGGCCAGCGGCCGGGCCGCCGCGGAGCGCGAGCGGCGCGAGGCCCAGGCGCGCCGGGAGGAGGCGGCGGCCAGGGCGGCCGAGGAGGAGCGGCUGGCGAAAGAGGCCCAGCACACCAUCCGUCGAGCAGGAGAUCGACUACAGUGCAAGCGCAACGGCUGCCGCUUCGACCACCCGCCGCUCCAGCAGCCGGGCUCCGACGCCGCGGACGCCGGCGCAAGCGCAGGCGCCAGGGCCGCGGCUCCGCGGGCCACCCCCGGCGGCCCGCUGGGCGCGGUGAGCAAGCACUGGUCGAGGAGGCCGACAGGGAACGCGAGGAGCGCGAGUCCCGCGACGCGCGGGCGCAGGAGAGCGCAACAAGAAGCGCGCCAUGGCGGAGGCGAAGCGCAUCGUCAACAUGCAGGCGCCCGCGCUGCUCUCGCGCCGCAUGCGGCAGCAGCUGUCCGAGGCCCUGGGCCUCGGCGCCGAGCUGGCCGAGGCUCACCCCACCGGCCGCUGCGCGCCCUUUGCCGCGCGGGACGUCCCAAAGGCGGCCGAGCCUACGGGCCUCGCGGCCCUGACGGUGGCCAUCGAGAGUUGCGGGCGCGACUGGCGGCGGGCACUGGGCCUCCUGGGGGACGCGCUGCAGGGGCCCUGGCGGCCGGAUCCCCACCUCUUCACCGCGGCCGUCGGCGCGUGCGGGAGGGGCGGGCAGUGGCAGAGGACCUCGGCGCGGUCCCUUCUGGACAGAAUGGCGGCGGCCGAGGUGGAGCCCAACGCCAUCUCGCCUACAACGUUGUGAUCAGCGCGUGCGGGAAAGGCGAGCAGUGGCAGCAGACUCUGGCGUUGCUAAGCGGGAUGAGGGAGGCAAAGAUGGAGCCCGACGUCAUCAGCUACAGUGCUACGAUCAGCGCGUGUGGGGAAGGCGAACAGUGGCUGCGGGCCUUGGUGCUGCUGCGUGAGUUGUGGGAGGCGGAGUUGGAGCUCGACGUCACCAGCUACCGCGCUGGUAUGUUCGCGUGCCAGAAAGGCGGGCAAUGGCAACGUACCCUGUCGGUACUCAACGAGAUGCGGAAGGCGAAUUUGGAUGCCGACUUCAUGAGCUACCGCGCUGGAAUCAGCGCGUGCCAGAAAGGCGGGCAAUGGCAACGUGCCCUGUCGCUGCUCAGCGGGAUGCGGGAGGCGAGUGUGAUUCAACACUGUGAUCAGCACUGUGAUCAGCACGUCAAGUUAUACAACACUGUGAUCAUCACGUGCGGGAAAGGCGAGCAGUGGCAGCAGACUCUGGCGCUGCUCGGCGAGAUGCAGGAGGCGAAGUUAGAGCCCGACGUCAUCAGCUACCGCGCUGGGAUCGUCGCGUGCCAAGAGGGUGGGCAAUGGCAACAUGCCCUGUCGGCGCUCAGCGAUAUGCGGGAGGCGAGAGUGACUCCUGGCGUCAGACCCUACAACGCUGUGGUCAGCGCUUGUGGGAAAGGCGAACAGUGGCAGCGGGCCCUGGUGCUGCUGCGAAAGCUGCGGGAGGCGAAACUGGAGCCCAACGUCGUCAGCUACGGCGCUGGGAUCAGCGCGUGCGGGAAUGGCGACCAGUGGCAGCAGGCUCUGUCGCUGCUCGGGGAGAUGUGGCGGACGAAGAUUGAGCCCGACGUCAUCUCGAGUCUACAGCGCAGGGAUCACCGCCUGCGAGAAGGGCGGGCAGUGGUUGCGGGGCUUGGUGCUGCUGCGCGAGCUGCGGGAGGCGAGGCUGGCGCCCAACGUCAUCUUUCUCAGCUACAGCGCUGGGAUCAGCGCGUGCGAAAAGGGCGAACAGUGGCAGUGGGCUCUGGCUCUCCUCGGAGAGAUGCGGGAGGCGAAACUGGAGCUUGA